GAAGGUAACCGGAUUACAGAGGAGGAGGAAGAAGAGGAAGAAGAAGAAGAGGAGGAGGAGAGAUAGAAAGCUGAGGAUGCAGGUUUGCUCCACGACUCGCAGCAUCUCCACUAGGACGGCAGCACGAGCGGCGACACGUCAGUGAAACGCGGACAAACUUGCAGCUGACGACGAGGAGAUGCGCCCACAAAAGCUUUGAUUCGACCCCUUUCCCUCCCCUCUCCAUCUCCUCCACCACCUCCUCCCCACAUCUUCAGCAUCCCGCACACUGAAACCACUUCGACGCGCAGCAGGCAGCCCGACUGACAACAAGCCAGACACGAUGCGUGGAUCAUCCCCACAUGGGACAGCCGUGGGAUUUAUGUUGCUGCUGAACGCGCUGUUUGCCGUCACGCACGUUGCAGAAGGAGUCUUGACGGAGCACCUUCUGGUUCAGGUGCACGAAGGCGCACAGGACGAGGCGCACCAACUUGCAACACAACAUGGGUUCCAGAGUGCUCGAAAGCUUCCUUUUGGAGAGGGGCUCUUUCACUUCUAUCCUCAGGACACUUCAAAGAGGCGGAGUAAACGCAGCAUUCACAACAGACGACAGCUUCAAAAGGACCGCAGGGUGAAGAAUGUCUUUGAGCAAGAAGGUUUCCAUCGCCAGAAGCGAGGUUACAGAAACAUCAAUGAUAUUGAAGUCAACACGAGUGACCCUCUUUUCACCAAACAGUGGUAUCUGAUAAACACUGGCCAGGCAGAUGGGACCCCCGGCCUAGAUCUCAAUGUGGCUGAAGCUUGGGCACUGGGCUACACAGGCAAAGGAGUUACGAUUGCAAUUAUGGACGAUGGAAUCGAUUAUCUACAUCCAGACCUGGCAUCAAAUUACAAUGCCGAUGCCAGCUAUGACUUCAGCAGCAAUGACCCCUUCCCAUUUCCACGCUACACAGAUGACUGGUUUAACAGCCAUGGUACACGGUGUGCUGGAGAGGUCUCUGCAGCAGCCAACAACAACAUCUGCGGUGUGGGAGUCGCCUACAACUCCAAGGUGGCAGGUAUCAGGAUGUUGGACCAGCCCUUUAUGACUGACAUCAUUGAAGCAUCAUCUAUCAGCCAUAUGCCACAGAUUAUCGACAUCUACAGUGCCAGCUGGGGACCGACUGAUGAUGGAAAAACGGUGGAUGGACCACGAGAGCUCACACUCCAAGCAAUGGCUGAUGGCGUCAACAAGGGACGAGGAGGAAAAGGCAGCAUCUACGUGUGGGCGUCAGGAGAUGGCGGUAGCUAUGAUGACUGCAACUGUGACGGUUAUGCCUCAAGCAUGUGGACAAUCUCCAUCAACUCAGCCAUCAACGAUGGGCGCACUGCCCUGUACGAUGAGAGCUGCUCCUCCACGCUGGCGUCCACCUUCAGCAACGGACGCAAGAGGAACCCAGAGGCCGGCGUUGCCACCACAGACUUGUAUGGUAACUGUACGCUGCGUCAUUCAGGAACAUCAGCAGCAGCUCCAGAGGCAGCCGGUGUCUUUGCUCUCGCUCUCGAGGCUAACCCGAACCUAACAUGGAGAGACAUGCAACACCUGACAGUCCUGACCUCCAAGAGGAACCAGCUGCACGAUGAGGUCCACCAGUGGAGGAGGAACGGUGUAGGCCUCGAGUUCAACCACCUGUUUGGCUACGGUGUGCUGGAUGCUGGGGGCAUGGUGAAAAUGGCCAAGGAGUGGAAGACUGUUCCAGAGCGUUUUCACUGUGUUGCCGGAUCGAUCCAGGAGACCCGUAAGAUCCAGUCUGGCAACAAGCUGGUGCUGGCCAUCACCACUGAAGCCUGCCAGGGGAAGGACAGCUUUGUCCGCUAUCUCGAACAUGUUCAGGCAGUGGUCACAGUCAAUGCCAGCCGACGUGGCAACCUCAUCAUUAACAUGACCUCGCCCAUGGGCACCAAGUCCAUUCUGCUGAGUCGGAGACCCCGCGAUGAUGACUCCAAGGUGGGCUUUGACAAGUGGCCCUUCAUGACCACCCACACCUGGGGUGAAGAUCCCCGGGGGACCUGGGUCCUGGAGGUGGGCUUUCAGGGCGAGGAGCCACAGCGCGGAGUCCUGAAGGAGUGGACCCUCAUGCUGCACGGAACACAAAGUGCCCCUUAUAUAGACCAAGUAGUGCGUGAUUACCAGUCCAAACUUGCCAUGUCCAAAAAAGAGGAGCUGGAGGAGGAGCUGGAUGAAGCUGUAGAAAGAAGUCUGAAAAGCCUGCUGAGUAAAACCAACUAGAAAUGGAUCUGCAUGUUGCCAGAUAUUUUAGUUCUGUCGCUACAAUCUUGCUGUAUCCCACUUUGCUUCUUUUGUUCUCCUCUGUGUGUAUACUCCCACUUUUGUUGACUUCCUUCUCUUUUCUCUGCUUUUUUGUUUGUUUGCCCCACCCCCAGCCUCACCUCACCGCCACUUUUGAUGAAUGUUUUUUUUAUCCUCAUUGUACAUAAUCCAAAUAUAAUCCACUAUCUUAUACUUUUGCUUUAACUGCCCCACACCUCUCUUCUGCCAACUGUUGUACAGUUUGUGACUAUAAAUGAUUUUCAGUGUCAUUCUACUUUAAAGAUUAAUAUCUUGCAAACAUAGCCGUGACACUUCUUUCAGUUUCUAUUUUUGUGACAUGCAGCGUUUAUAUAAACAAGAAAAGGAAUGUGUGAUUCAUUUUGCAGCCUGUAGCUCUCAGUUCAUAUUUCAUAAUCUUUGAUGUAUACUAUAAUAAUAAAUAUAUUUAGCUGUUUAUUAAAGCACUUGAGUGAUUUGAA